CGGCAUCCGCUCUACUGUUUCCGGUCCGAGGCCGUAUCCGUCCAUUCAUUUGGUUGUGGCCAGUUAUCUACUAGCUAGCUAGGUAACAUAACGUGUCGGUGUUUUAUCCUAGUGAAUGGAUUACACGUCAACACAGAGUGGGUUCAAACAGCAGCCUAAGAUGAGACAGAGGAACACAGUGGAGGGCCCAGACCCCAUGUUUGAGGACACCAGUGCAGCACCAGGCCGAGGCCCAGGGCUGGCGGCCCAGCCUGGGGGCUACAGGGGCCAGGACGCCGGGCUUGGAGCCGGGGCCUACCCUGGGCAGACCCUGCUGUCAGACCCCAUGUCUAACCUUGCCAUGGCUUACGGUAGCAGUCUGGCCAGCCAGGGAAGGGAGAUCGUGGACAAGAACCUGGACCGCUUCCUGCCUGUGUCCAGGCUGAAGUACUACUUUGCAGUGGACACCGUCUACGUGGGCAAGAAGCUGGGCCUGCUCGUCUUCCCCUACAUGCACCAGAACUGGGAGGUGAGCUACCAGCAGGACACCCCUGUAGCCCCCAGGUUUGACAUCAACGCCCCUGACCUCUACAUCCCAGCUAUGGGAUUUAUCACCUACGUGCUGGUGGCUGGCUUGGCUCUUGGAACUCAGAACAGGUUCUCUCCAGAGAUCCUGGGCAUGCAGGCCAGCUCAGCCCUGGUGUGGCUCAUCAUGGAGGUGUUGGCCGUCCUGCUCAGCCUCUACCUGGUCACCGUCAACACAGACCUCACCACCAUCGACCUGGUGGCCUUCUCCGGAUACAAAUACGUCGGGAUGAUCGUGGGCGUGGUGGCGGGCCUGCUGUUUGGCCGGACAGGAUAUUACCUCACGCUGCUCUGGUGCUGCGUCUCCAUCUUCGUCUUCAUGAUCCGUACGUUGCGUCUGAAGCUCCUGUCCGAGGCAGCAGCUGAAGGCGUCCUGGUCCGAGGAGCCCGGAACCAGCUGAGGAUGUACCUCACCAUGUCCAUAGCCGGAGCCCAGCCCAUCUUCAUGUACUGGCUCACCUACCACCUGGUCCGGUAGGGCCACAACCAGGAAGCACCAGCACCGCGGCCUGAAUCCUGACCUGGGAGCAGAGGAGGGGAAGGGGGGAGGGGUAGGGGUGACCUCUGACCUCUGUUGAGAGGUCAGCAUAAGGGGCAGGGGUGAUGGUUAGGAGUUGCUAACGGUUAAGGAUUCGAUUUGAUUGAAGGGUUUACAGUGGUUAUCGCCUCAGAUGCUCUCAGUGGGGUUGUCCCAUGUGACUGCCUUCUACAAGACUCACCAGAAUGUUCUUCAACCCCCCCCCCCCCAGUCCUCCUACAGAAAUACAGUAACCACCUCCACACUCAUUGACUUGCACAGCUUAUACAGAAUCACAGAAAAAGAGCGUAUUUAGGCCAAGGUAGGUUUCUGUCUCCCAGCACAAACUGAACAGUGGCCUCGUCGACUGAACAGUCUUUUUGUAUCGUUCUUUCUACGUAUUUGUCCAGAUAAUGAUACGCCAGUGAUUGGUCUUCUCAUGUGUUUGGAUACUGUGUAAUUCUUUGUAAGGAUGUGUUUGUAAGUAUGCGUUUGUUAAGAAGCUUGUGUGUUCAUCUGGGAAGCUUCGGCUGAGCCAGGGAUGGAAGACGCAAAGCAAACCGUCGGCGUCCGUCCAGUCCACUCCACAAAGGCUCAUGUCAUGGCCCAGCUUUUGAUGAAAACAGCAUUUUACAUCUGUUGGCCAGCCUAGCUCUGUAGUCAGUCAGGCUUAGGCCUGUUCGAAAACCGGAAGCAUUCGAAGACCGUUGUGUACGGAGCAGAACACAUCGAGGCAUCCCACAGUAACGUCUCACUGUCUCCAUUAAUGUCUUGCCAAGGCCAAGCCAGAGAAACAGGAAGUGGAGGCAUGGGAAGAUAUGGUGUGACAAGUGAAGCUGUGUUUUGAUAUGUGAAACGCGACAUGGGAUCUUAAGACGUGAUGGACGUUGAUGUGCUGCUGCUUCGGUCUGCACACUCUCAUCUCAAGAUGGGUCUAUACGACUACUGGUGUAGGCCUAUCAUGUUUUUAGUCAUUAAUCAUAUUUAAUAUCGUCAAACCAGAAAUAAAAUAUAUUGUAAUGGUA